AUGAGUGCGAAUCCCGACCACCCGUUCCACGUCGCCUGCGGCAACAAUAAGAUGCUGCGGGACGACCCAAAGGAGAAAGGUCUCGACCUUUACGAGGAAAUGCAGAAGUUUUACGACGAGUUUUACUCGGCGAAUGGGAUGACACUGUGCGUCAUUGGGAAGGAGAGCGUCCAAGAGCUGGAGGCGAUGAUCCGAGAGCGGUUCUCCGACAUCGCCGACAAGGGGCUCAAUCUGCCUAAAGGCGAGGCCGUCAGUGACCAGCCACCGUUUCUUCCAAAGGAGUGGAAUCGCUUACUUUUGCAGGCGCCCGUCAAGGACGUCAAAUCGCUGAAAUUCAGCUGGGUGAUCCCCUGGCAAGGGCCUCACUGGCGAAGCAAGCCAGUGGCAUACUUGUCGCACCUUUUAGGGCACGAGGGUGCCGGCUCCUUGACGGCCCAGCUGAAGGAGAGGGGCCUCAUCGUCAGUUGCGUCUCUUCCAUGGGCGGAUGGCUCGAGGGGGCCUUCUCGCUCCUGCAGGUUUCUUUCACCCUCACUGAUGGCUCCGUCCACGAGGUCGAGGAGAUUGGCAAGAGCCUUUUCACUUACAUCGGCAUGCUUCAGGCCGUCGGCGUGAAAGAGUGGAUUCUCGAAGAGAUGCAGCGACUGCGGAGGAUUCAAUUCAAGUUUGCCUCGGACCGGCAGCCUUUCUCGCUGGCGGCCAGCAUCGCAGCUUCUCUCCAGGAUCACCCGCCGUCUGAAGCCCUCGCCGGCCAAUUCUUGCUUUAUGAUUUCGACAUUCCGAAAUCGACCGAGCUGGUGAACCUCCUCGCAGUGGACAAUGUGCGCGUAACCCACCAGGCGAAAGUUUUGGAGGAGCGCUGCACCGAGAGAGACACGUCCUACGACUCGCCGAUGAAGCUCGAGGAGCUUCCUGAUGCGUGGCGGCAAAGCUGGACGGCAGCCCUGAAUCGAGGCGCCACGGCUGAGGCCGCGACGGCCUUCGCUGCAUCUGCGAAGUUGCGUCUGCCCUCGCCGAACCCGUUCAUUCCGGAGGACCUCGACAUGAAGGCCGCGCCGUCGCCGAAUCCGACGCUGCCCCGGCGUCUCCCCGGGGCGCCGAAGGUAGUGAACUACGUGUUCCACCGGCAGGACGAUGUGUUUAUGCAGCCGAAGGCCCUUCUGAUGUGCAUCAUCCGAACUCCAUUCAUCUGCCGAGAUGCCACCAGCUUUCUGCGGGCGUCGCUGUGGUCGCAACUGGUGCAAGAGGCUCUGAGUGAGUUCUCCUACGAUGCGGAGAUCGCCAGUGGCACUUGGCACGCUUGGGGACGCAGCGCGGGCAAGGUAGCGGCUAGCUUCUCCAAUUUGGAGUUUUCUAGUGCGCUCUUGCCAUUCCGGACCCCAGCAGUCUCUGCGCUUGGUGCUGCCCGUGGGCGCUCUCCAGAGUGGUGGCUGGCCACUGGCCAAGCUUUGGGUACCUCCCGAUUCUACCGCUUUUAUUGCUGGGAUUGGGGCUGCUUUGGCUUGGGCACGACAACGGCGCGGAGACGCCCACGCAGUCCCGCUUGGCAUCGGCGUCAACGGCGGGCAAGGCACAAGGCCAGGAAGGCCGUGAGAAAAGGGCGCUCCUCAGCGGCGCAGCUGCUCUUGCUUGCGACCCACCACGGGAGCAUGGCUCCCAAACAAGGAGGUGCUGGCAGCCAGUCAUCGCAGAAGGGCGGCCCAGGAAAGGGCAAAGAGAAAGCGGACAAUCCGCAGGUUACAAAGAUCGAAUUUGGACUGCCCCCCUCGAUGGUUCAAUCCUUACAAUCGAUCGCGACCAGGGCUACACAGGACUUGUGGAGCCAGACAGCCUUUACUGCCGAGAAUGCCACCGUCGAACAGCUAGCCCAGCGGAGUGCAAACGCCCUGGGCCGACUGUCGAGGCGGUUGAACGGCAAUGUCCGCGCCAAGAAGGACCUUCAGGAUGCGCUGCUGGCAUGGCUGUCUACAAUGGGACAGCAUCUUUUGGGCCUUGCCCACCGUGUAGAUGCUCUCAGCCGGAAAGUGGACGAGGAUACGGUCGCUGCAGUGGAGGAAAUGCGCCAAGUCAUGGCGGCACAACCCUCUGUGACCACGGAGGAGCAGCUCGACCGUGCGAUCCAGUCUCUGGGACCAGUGUGGUCCGAGGGCCAAGUGGUGGAGGUUCAGCGUUUGGCAGCAGCUCUUCGAGCCUUCUCCACGACCCUGGCCAUGCCUUCGGGACUCACGGUCCAGUGCCAGGGCUUGCAAGUGUGCACAGAGGCGGCCCCUUUCUCGGGAUGCAAGCUGCAGCAGGACCAUCUUCGGAUGUUCCUAUGUUUUCUGGCCCUCAGCAGCCCGCUGGAGACCAUGCCCCUUCCGGAAUGGACGGUCAGCGAAGUGGCCGAUGGCGGAAACGCAGCGGAGGCAAUGUCGAUCGGACGUACCCCCGAAGGCCUCAAACGCGAUGCCCAGACUGCUGUUGCCGACGACGACCCAGAACUACUGCCGGCCACUGCAACAGAAAGUGCCUGGGUUGUGUCAUGGUUGGCUCUCCUUCGCUUCGCUGUGGACAGUGGAGCCGACUUGGUGGGCGAAGUCAGCUGCUGCCCCCAGCAAGACAAGGCCAUGCAGCUCACUGUGGAUGCUCAAGCGCAGGAUGUGGUUCUGCGCACUGCCGAAUCGGUCUGGACUGCGUUGGGAAAUGCUGUGGCGGACCCGGCUCAUGCCGACCUGCAAUCGCUUUUUCUAUCUCUGCAGGGAUUUCUACACAGUGUACGGGGAUGCGCCAAUGCUCUGCCACAGGUUCGUCAGGGACUGCUGGUGGCUGCGCUCCUGUCCAAUGGGAACCUCAGGGACCCGUUUGCAUAUGCCCCCUCUACCGCUCAGGAAUGGUUGUUUCCGGACCUUCUCCUGGAAGCGGGGGUGCCAUUGCGUGGGUUUGUGGCAAAGGCCAGUUGGACCAGACACCUGCCAGAACGAACUCGAGUGACCUCUGAUGUUGUCGAGCGGCAUCGGCUUUCCGGCACAGCUGUCCCAGCGGGCUGUGGUAAUAGAGACUUCGUUUGGUCGCAAGUUUCUCUUACCACGGUCUGCCUUUUCCUCGGGCGCUGUGUGCUACUGUGUAUAGCCCUGCGUAGAGUCAGUGUAGUCACGUCGCUUUUUCUUUCGGCCUACGGUCCCAAGCUUUCUUGGUUUCGGGCGUGGCAGCUUGGCAGUACCUGUUCCGCUUCUGCGUGGUGGGUCGCGGCCUCCUUCUGCCAGCCCUUCCCUAUGGCACUCUGUGCGGUUACUAGUGAGCUUUUGGCCCUCCACCCUGCUCUGGUCCGCACUCUCCGCUGUGUCUUGGCGUGGCUUCCUUGCAGUUGGUGCUCAUACCUUGCCGUGCAGGCCGACUUCCUGAGGCAAUGUGGCCCUACUUGGGCGCACAGACACUGGCAGCAUUGCUCUUCAUCUGCAGCGGCCUUGAUUUGGGCCUGCCUUUCCCUUACGUCCUCCUCAUGGGAACAUGACCAUGCUUUGUGCUCGGUUUCCCGACUUGCUGGUCGUAAAGUUCAAGGAUCACGUUACUGCGUUAAGGCUCGUCCUCAGAGGCAUGCAGCCCCAGGCCUGCACGUCGCGCUGCUGAUGCUGUACUUCUCAGUUGCUGAUGGGGCUACUCUCAACCUUGGGGCCGCGGUUGUCUCUUCUUGCUUCAUGCAUUCCCCUGAAGCUGUGCAGCUCCACGCCCACGGAUUUCACGAAGGCCUGCCUGUUCUCAGUACCGGACCUGUCCUCCCCACCCCGACCGUGGAGGAGAUGUGCGAGGUCUAUCCGGUUGGGCGUACGGGGAAUCUACUUCUUCCACGCACAGAUCGGAACCGAAGGCAUCUUUCUGUCUUUGUGGGUACGCCUCCCGGCGCUCCGAUCCUGGAACCGUGUCCUAUCCCUCUCCUGGUUGAUGAAUGGCUGCAUGGUCCUCUUCUUCACGCUAGGUUGGCAGCUUCGCUGGGCUUUCCCUCUGGGGUGUUCUCUGCCUCUGCUGUCCGGGGUGUCCUCCCAGGACUGCCAGGUGAGCAAAUUCUUCUGACCCCCGCUGCCUGCUCCUGGCGACAAGUGUGGCUGCCUGUGGAUCUGCGUCAAAUCGGAGGCCGUAUCUGUAUGCUUCAGUGCCCUCGUGACUCUACUUGCAGAGCCAUUGCCCAACUUGCCCUUUCCGCCCAAUCCUUGCAAACUGAGGUCGACCUUCUCCUUGCUCGAUGCCCGUGGGGCUGGUUGACUCUUGUGUCCCAGCCCCUUUUCUUGCAAGAUGUUGACACUCUGCAAUUCCAGCUCGGGCCGUCUACGGGAGCGCUGGAAGGGCCUAUAGGUGCCUCACUUGACCCUCCACUGUCACUGUUUUCGACCAUGCAGGUCAGUUUGCCCUCCGCUCCACUCAAUCAAGAGGCUUUCCCAGGUCACUCACACAACCAGGCCAUCCUCAUCACCCCGAAUGGCCUGGUCUAUGUCGAAGCCCCGGUCUUUGCGGACGCAGCCACAUUUAGGCGCAUCGUCUCGACUCGGGCCUCAGCCAGUGCCACUGGAGGAAUCAUGCGCAUUUGGCAUCCUCUCCCUUCCCUGCCACUUGUCCAGUUUCUGGAAAUCCACUGCGUGGGCGACGAAGUGCCGUGCAUUUUGGAUUUCCGGCCUGUGGGGUGGCGUCUUACUACGGUGUGUCUUGCCCCGCCAGUCACAGCUGUCGCGGCUGUUUCAGCUGCCUCGACCCGGGAACGUAAUAGCCUCCCCCUCGAAUGGGUCGAACAAUGUGCUAGAGGGGGUUUUGGGCUGCUGCACAGGGAGUUGGCGGUUCUUCCUGAUCAGGUUAUUUCGGGGAGUUUUCCUCUUGUCAUCAUGUUCUUCCCACAUGUGUUCCGUCAGGACUCCUCCUCUUCGUCAGAGGAGCAGGUUGGAGGCUGGGAUGGCCCGGAUACGUCAGACACCAUUUCGGCGCUUCAGCAUACCCUGCUGCCUUCACCUGCCCGCGCUGCCACACUUCCAGCAUGCACGGGGAUUUCGCCUGAAGCUUUCCUGGCUCCCUCAGGUUUAAGCCCCCCAGAGCCGGCUGCCGAGCCCAGCUCAGCCGGGUCAGCUGUGAUGUCUUCCGCUAUGUGGAUGCAGCACAUCCUGAUCGGCCUUUGGCUCACUCAUGACCUUCCGCUCGGCCGCGGGGCACUUUCUGUGUGGAGUUUAACUCCCCUACUCCUGUUAGUGUGGUCUAGUGCCGCUGUUCAGACCCGUAGUGAGCCCUCUUCCCCUCAUGCCUUUGUCGUUGCAGCCUCCAGAGCCCCCGACCGUCAUGUUGUUGCCCCCGCGGGGGUCCACGCACAUCUCCAGGCCUCUUGGCUUCAAGUUGGGGACUUCGGCGAUGGGACGCUGUGGCAGACGAUCCCGCUCUCAGGGGUUAGCUUCUCUAUCACUUGCCGGUUGUGGGUCCCGGGCUCCUUUGUUCGCCUUGAGUUCGCCAACACUGCUAGUGCCAGAGAGUCCUCUGCGGAACUCUAUCGCCGAGCUAUCCAGCUCGGCCGCCCCCACAUCGUUGCUGCCUCUGCGGGACCUACACUUGAUGCGGUCCACUUAGUCACCUUGCCACCUAGGAGCUCUACGUUGACCGUGCUUUUUGAUGUUGGGGUUGAGAUCGUAUGCGUUGAGCUUCCCCUUGAUUAUUCUGCCGAACAGGUCCUGGCAGCCGCGCAAGGUGCAGCAGAUUCGACCGACAUUCAAAUCCUUAAGGGUUCGGCCCAUAGGCUUAGACAGGGCGAUGUUGUUAAGGUUGUGGUUAAUUCCGCUGCCCAAACUUUUGAUGUCUCGGCCUUCACUCUGCCACAUUGUGCCCCUUCUGCGUCCCGAUGGUUGCAUGAGACGCGUGUCGUCUCCCUGCUUCACUCAGGAGAAGGCGUCCUCUCCUUUGAGGUGCCUCGUGCGGCUGAGGUCGAUUCUGCCCUUCUUCAUGCCCUCCUGCGGCAGGUCCUGCCUGGGAAGCACAUUUUCAUCGAGAUUCCCGAUACCGGGGCCCUUCCCCAUGCCACGUUUGCUGCAGUGAGUUCGGGGCAAGACUGCAUCAUUUAUCGUCUUACUGACGCCUCUGUCCCGACGGCCCCGGGGCUCUUUCUUGCAUUCUCUGGAGUAUUUGACUCCUUUUCUGCCUUCUUGGAGAGUCUCCUCAGCAGCGGGCGGCCCGCCGCCGGGCUCCUCCGCAGCCUGCGCACCUUUGGUCUCUCUGUGCUCACCUGGGAAUGCACCACCAUUCCUACCCGUGACGACUGCCACUUCUGGUAUGUCCAUGUGCAAGCCGAUUUCGCGCGGGCGCGGCGCCACGCUGUGCAUUUCUUUGGGCACCCCCGCGCCAUUCGGCAACCUUCUGUGCUGCCCCCGCCUCGGGCGAGAGCUGUUACACAUGUGGGUGUUCAAACCAAUGCCCCCUUUAUCACGGCUAGCACCCAGGCCGCUGUGUUGCAAUCACCCCCGUCCUCAUGUGGGGCAGGAGUUGUGCCGGAUUCCGCGUCUGAGCUUGUUAGCCUGGAAGGCGGCCGCCUUGUUGGAAUGUGCACUCCUGUCCCGACUUGGGAAGCUGUUACUCGAGCACUUUCCCUCUCUCUGUGGGAACUUCCCCAGACCUUCCUCUCUGAUAACAAUCAGGUCUGGCCGUACCCUCGGGAUCUUGCGGACGUCACCAGGAAGUGCGUUAGUGUAGGAUAUGAUUCGCCCGAGGGCGUUUCGCAACUGCUGCGUCACUGCACAGCACCUUCUCCCAGCCCACCGCCCUCUCCUCCUGCCUCUCAUUCCGCUGCACUUGGCUUAGCUUGUCUUAGUAAGGGUAAGCCUUGGCUGGGGUUUCUUCUCUUCGCCAUGCAAGCGGGAUCUGUGCAGCUCGCGAUCACGUCAACUGCCCUCACUUCGCGAGUGGGAGCCGAUGAUCCUCUGCUUCCUCGGCGAGACUAUACGCGGACCUGCACCCUCUCCUGGACUCAUGAGCUAGGGCGUCAGACUUAUGGCUUUGCGGUUGCCGCCCCUCAACUCGGCGCUUAUGUGGAAUGCACCUCGCCGUGGCCUGAGGUCCAAAUCCAUUUGUGGUUGCCAGGCCAAGGUCCGGUUCACAUGCGAGUCGGUGCCCGCCACAUGGACAUGCACCUCAGCGCCUACUUGGGUGCUUUCCUGCCCGAUUGCGAAUACGGUCUUCAUGUUGCGUACGACUCCAACCCUCAGGUCCUAGACCUGGUCGUCGCGCCUCCUUCUCCUGUGGCGUGGUGGAUCCUGAGGGACUCUAUUGGGUGCGAGUUGCUUCGGCCGGUCAUCCAGCACUAUACUUCGCACUGCUCCUUUUUCUUCUGCACAGUCGAGCCCGACGGGGUUGUUCUUAGUGUUGAGCCCUCAGCCGAAGUCCGACAAAUGUCUCCGAGCCCGCAUGGGGCUAGAGCUUUGAUCUCGCGUGCCCUGCCCGGCCUCAUUGGUCAGGUGAUCGAUGGCACGCUGCUGAUUGUUGCAGCCAAAGCAGGGCCUUUGGUUCUUGGUCACCUUGCAAUGCUCUUGUUAACUUUUCAUGCGGCUGCGAUGCAACCACCGCAGGCGCAUCAACUUGUACCGGUUGCUGAGGUUGCUCCCACACCGUCCACCAUGCGCAUCUGGACCUUAAAUGUGCCGCAGCCAGUCGACCUGCCUUGGCGUCCCCAGGGGUAUCAGACCCGGUGGCUCCGUGAGUUGAUGUGCCGUCUCCACCAUAUUCCGGAUCCGGGGGAGUUCCGUUCCACUCACUCCCAGCAAGGGGGUACUGUUCAGCACGUUCUCUUUGUGCCUGUUGUACCUCCAACCCUUCCUACGGCCAGGUUCUGGCUCCUCCAUUGGGGCGCCGCGGCGGUCGUCACCUUCGGUCACUCGCCCUUCAAUUGGGAGGUUGUCUAUGCUCACCUCCGCACUCUGUUUCAAGGUGGCCAAUUGCCGGAGCGGUGCCCCACACUUGCUUAUGCUGGCCAGUUCUAUGCCCCUGGCACGGUUUUGCCGGACUUCCCCUCGGGCGCUAUUAUCCAGAUUUUAGUCGGGGCCCUUGAGCGGCUACCUGGUGACGAUGACCCCUGGAACCCGGAGCCUUUCGUUGUUGAGAGUCCUUACUUUCGUCACAUUCCCAGUCGCGGCCCUGCGCUUGAACCGGCCAUUGUUCUGGAUGGUCAUGGCAACAGGUUGGCUGCCGGAGCUCUGCAAUCCCCUCUGGUUGAUCAAGGUGUUCAAACCGACCUUUCCGGAAAUGGCACUGGCCUUGAUCAUGCCACUGUCUCCAGGGUGCAUCACCUCUCCCAGGAGCUCUCGUUCCACACUGCUCGGCUCUGGGCCGGCCUCGCCGAGCCUGAUGCCGAGCCGGCAGGCGACAAUCCACCUGUCUUGAGACUCUCCUCCCAGAGUGCAUGCGCGGCUGAUACCUCUACGGCUGAUCUUUUGGAUCUCAGUGAUGCAGCAGGUUCUCAGGCUGUGUGCAGACUGCCGUGGGCAGCUUUGCUUCUUCUUGGCGUUCAGGUGCCUCGCGCCCUUGGGGCGGUUGGGAGUCUCCUUGUUCUUGCUACCCUCAACUCGGGGUCCAUCAUUACACCACCGCAGGCUAGCUCUGAGGAAGAGCAGGUUAAUGAUACUGCCCCUCCGGCUGUGCAGGCCACUAAUAUGUCAGCAGCGGACUGGGCCCCCGCACCUGUUGUGCGACCGGCCGGCCCUCCCCCGCCAGAGCCGGUGAAUGCUCCCUUCCAACCCCACAUGAUGUUUCUUCGCGCGGCGAGGCCACUUGAGGAUUAUGCCUUGAGACAAUGGCCCUCCACGGUAGAUAGGGAACCUGCAGCCGAUGAAGAUACGGUGCGGAGGGUCCAGGCUGACCUCCAAGGCCUUCGAUGCGGGAUCCGAACACUGGCAGCCGCGAUCCCACUCGGCACGCCCUUUUGCAUCCAUAACCCGUUUACCGCACGGCAGCAGUGUGAGUUGGUCGAGUAUUCAGCGGGCCCCGAAAUUAACCCCUUCGUCCUCUUCGAGGGUCAUGCUAGAGGCCGCGGCUGGGCAGGUCUGGUGCUCCUCCAGCCCCAGCCCGAUGCCAGGGCAGUUCAUCUCAUUGGCUGUCCUCAGGCGGCCGGUAACGUAGCUGUAGGGGUCGCUAUUGAGCACCGCUUAAUUCCCUGCUGCCUCCCCGCGACUGUUGAUAUCGCUGCCCUCAGGGCCCUGCGCUUGGAUGGCACUGAAUAUGACCUUCGACCGCCUGAGGUCCAGGAAGGCACACAGGUUGUCCAGUUUAGGAACGGCGAUUGCCUCUCAGCUAGGCGGCAUGUUCCCCGCCGGUCCCACCAAGGCCAAGCUAGCAGGGAUCCUGCUGCUGCUGGAGGAACGGUGAGUGCGGGCGAGCGCGAUGCCAGCCCUGCUGACGAAUCCGCAGCCAUAGCUGCCUCACCAUCUCUCUGGGCCUCUCUUUUACUCGUGCAGGUCCUUCGCAGCCGCCCUGGCUCUACCUGGCUUGUUGCUGCCAUUCUGCCCAGCCUGGUCCAGAGUAUGCACAGACCUGGAGGCUUCCCAUGGGGGACCGACUCGGCGAACCGUGUAUUCUCAGGGAUAACUGCCGAGGAUCCAGUCUAUGUAGUCCUGCAUAGUCCCUUCUUAGGGGUUUUCCCUCCCUACACGGCAUCUCAGGAGACCCCCCACUCGCAAGUCUGGGCGCAGUUCCGCAAUGAUGACCCGGGUUGGGCGGAAGACUUCUUCCCCGUUUGGCCGGGGCCGGCAUUCAAUGAACUUUCUAUCGUCCCAAUUGGACGUGAUCCAGCUUUGGUCACAUUGAUGCUUAUCUGGCGGGGCCACCACCGGGCCACACUUGUUCCCCGCACGAUGACCGUGGACUGGAUUACAUCCUUCACGGCCAGACAUAUCAAUAGUGCUGUCGGGGGUGUGUCUCUUCCCCACGGGCUUGCCGUCUGCGAACUUUUUGAUGUGCCACCUGCCGCGUUUAGGUUCCGCAACGGGGACGUCGUGUAUGUACAUGAUCCACCAGAUGACCCCGAUGAGCCACUUGAACUAGUGGAGCCCUGGCAUCUACAGGAUGGUCUGGCUGCACAUCACGCCCCUUGGGCGGUCGGAUUUCAGCUCAUGUUCCCGAUUUCAGUCCAUUUGCUGCGACCUGAAAAACCGCCCUUGCUCACCACUAUACCGGCCGGCGAAUCUUGGUGCCCUGAAGCGUUCUCCUUUUCAGGUGAGUUCCAGCACCAUUUCCCGGGCAUGUGGACACCUGUCCAAUGGACGAGUGCCCGUGCCCUGCAGCUUAUUGAGGUCAACGGGGUCGCUGCUCGAGUCAAUGUUGUCGCGGCCACGCCAGAGGGUCGACUAUGCCGUACUGUCGACCGCAUUGCCUCUCGGCACAGCGUUGCUGACCAGCUCCACUUCUGUCCCGAUUCGAUACAAGUUGGCGGAGUGCCUGCGUAUGCCUUGGACCAGGCCUGCGAACUCAGGAACGGCGAUGUGGUGUUUGGGGCAUUCGAUCGGAGUGCAUGCCCUCGUAGCCCAGGCUCCCCGAGCUGGUGGCUCGGUGUGACCCUCACCACCUUGCAUCUGAGCCAGCAGCGGCAGACGCGUCUGCCUCUUCUUGUGGGUUAUACCCUUUCAUACCACGCCGGUCUUAGCGACCCAUAUGCCAUCACUCCCUUUCAUGCGCCUCACACUGCCGCUGCACCUAGCUGCCAGUCGCUAAUCGGAGGGUCCUCCUGCUCUGCUGAUGAGGAUCCUCCCUGGAGUGGCAUGGCCCUGGGCUGCGCCUCAUCUGCCAUGGGUGGCCCACAGUCUUGGUGGCGGGGCUCUCUUUGCCGCCCCAUCCUUCCUGGUGUCUCGGCCGCCCUCCUGUUUUCCGGCCUACGCGGCAUUGCCCUUCUGGCGGCCUCCGCGUGUAUUCCUGCUUCUCAGGCUAUGCUUCAACAAGCAUCCGCCUCGUCAGCCACUGUCCCGGCUGCUGCAGCUCCUCGCGUCACUGUUACGGUUGCUAACCCUUUUGCCCCUUGGAAUCGGGUCGAAGCCGACCCGCGCAACCUCUUUGACGAUGUCGUCGCUGAUGCGCAUCACACUUUAGCAUCUUGGCAUCAGGGUUUUGCAGCUACGGGACUUGUGCUGGACAGCACCCAGGUUGUUGUUCCCUUGCCCGGGCGUCGCUUGGUCUGCUUGUUGGUGCAAGGCAUGGGUCAGCUGCUGUGCGUUAUUCUGCCAGCCUUCAUGACCCCGCGGGAUCUCACGCAAGCCAUUCAAAUGCGACUUGGCAAACGCGUCAGCGUCAGCCUGCUACCUGGACUGGCGGCUACUGUCCGUGCCAGCCGUCCGGUCCUUGCUCUGAGAUCUGGGGAUAUUAUUGCUAUCAGCCCACUUCAGCUUGACCCACUUGCCGGGCCGCGGAACCCACCUGUCUUUCUAACAUGGGGGGCUGCCCAUGCUGCGGCCGCGUGGCACUCAGACUUUCUCGUUGCUCAGGCCUCCUGUGUUCUGCUGUGGUCGCCCGGCCGCCCUACUCGAGUCGCCCUUUUAAGGCAUCAAGCCCGAUGGAUUGCAGCUGCCGCCACGGUACAUCACCAUGAACAAGAGCUAGGAACCCACCGCUGGGCGCCUUGCCAUGGUCACCUCGGCGCCCCACCUUGGCUCGUUGAACAGUCUGAGGUGGCAGGCCGCGCUAAUAUUAUCCAGUCCUGCGACUCCACUCGUUGCAUUGAAGUGGAGCGCGACGCCCAUGACCUUCACAUCUCAGGUUAUACUGUUCGUCCUGCCUCAAGUCACGCCUGUCGCACUGCCACUGUGCGCGAUGGCGACUGGUGGGUCCACUCAGCGGCCGUUGGGCUGCUUGGGCGCCAUCUCUCCUUCCCAGCACAGCUCGCCUGGCUUCUCUACAGCCUUGCCGCCCAUGCCUGGGCUGGUUCUUCGAGCUGCCCAAGUGUUGACUCCUCCGAGGCUAGAACCAUCCGCACCCGCCGGCGACCCAGCCGUAGUCGUUCACCGGGUUCACAGUGGCCGGGACGGUUUUUCCCUCCUCGAGUUGACUUUAAUGAUGGGGAGCCCUACGUUCCGCAGAGUGGCUGGCAACCUGACGCCCCAGACGGCCCACUCGCACGCUGCUUUCCGGGGCCUCGGCCGCAGACUGCCAGAGUCCUCUGCCCCCUGCGGGGCUGGAGCGAGCUCUUGUUUAUUAACCUGGCAGGCACCUGGCGGGAAGUGGAGCAUGAAGGUGCUCGGCACUGCGGUCUCUGGUCGCGCAGGUUCUUUCCGGUGCGUGCUGUGCUUCCCGUCUCGCAGCUCACUCUUGCUCCAGUGGCCCCAUAUGGCCUCGCUACAGUUGUCUUUCACAUGGAAAGUUGCUCAGCCGUGGCUCUGGCGUCUGUUGACUCCAGUUUGGUUGACCUUCAGCGGCUCGCCGCUCGUGUGUUCACGCAUGCUCGCUACUGGCGAGUGGUUGCGCCGCCUGUGUUACGCGCGGCCAACCCGCACACUCAUCUACGGUUGCGUAACGGCGACGCCUUUAGUCUUGUUCCUGAACAAUCUCAGCCAGAGGCCACCCGCUUCCCACUGCUGCAGUACCCCUCCCUCGAGCGGGCCCGACAGGUUGCCAGCUGGUCUCUUCCUUUUCGGUUUGACUCUGGUGGGCUCGUAGUUCUCUGGUAUUCUAAUCGCCGGCAUGGGCACUACAUUAGGAUUAGGGAUACGGGCUACUGGGACCCUGAAGGUCCCACCUUUUGGAGCCUUAACGGGGAGGCUUUGUCAGGUUCAUGGGUCCCGGUCCUUACGGGUGACCUGUCGAGUCUUCACUUGGUGCAUCAAGCUUCCGUUGGUGAGGCGCACGUUCUCUUCCUUCUGCCGCCGGACCUCAUGCCACAGGGCCGGCGGCUCGCGGGCUGCAAUGCCUAUCGUGCCCCUCCUGGGUGGCGACUUCUGCCAGCUCUGCAAUAUGUUCGCGCGGACAGCCCUCUUCGAGACGGCGAUGUGCUAGUCAUCGACCCAGAUGCCAGCGUGGUCUGGGACCCCUUCGGUCCACUUCCCUCUGCGGCCGUAGAGGAGUCUCAUUCUGAUUGGCCCUCCUGCUCGUCACCUUCUGGGAUACGAGGGGCCGGUUGGCUUGCCUUUCUUGCUGUCGCUGCUCGAUGGCCCCGUUGGCUUACUCUCGCUCUCCUUUCUCAUUACGUGUGUGGCAUGGUCCCGGUCCUGGAGGUGCCGGAUAGGCCCAUUCGCACAGGCCUGUACCCAUGGCGAGCCAAGCCCGGCGAGGAAGACCUUGUCGACCUCUCUCCUGGCACUGAGAUUGAUGUUGUGUAUCUCAGCCCUUUCACUGGUCCGCGGGAAGCUGGACGUCUCCCCACUGUGUCCACACUUGAGGAUCUGAGCUCGCUUGCGCGGGCGUGCGAUCCUGAAUGGGCUGCUGAUGUUGCGCCGGUGUGGCCCACAGCGGCCAUCCCUGCCCUGCUUGUUGUGCCCAGGCCCCUCUCUCUCGAUAUGGUGUGUCUCGCCAUAUCGUCCUUGGAUCAACACUUUUCCAUCCUGACUCCAUGUGUUACUUCAGUGUCAUGGCUCAGUUUUGCUCUUCGUUUUCUGCAGCCUAUGCAGACCCUGUCCGUGCGAGCUCCCAGCCCUCUCACUGCUGAGGCCACCACGGACCAAAAUGUUAGAUGGCGCUCGGGGGACCUCGUUGUCGCUCUUCCGCCCGCCGCCUUUGUGCCUGAGUAUCAACCGCCCUGCUUCCACUCUGACACUCAAGUUCGUCAUUGCGCCAUAUGGUCGGUUGAUUUUUCAGUUUCCUUCCGAGCGAACUUCAUCCUGUGGCAACCGGGCGUCAGGGCCGUUCGGGGACAUGCCCCCGCAGGAGCUCGCUGGCAGGCACUCGACUUCACCUUCGAAGGGGAAUUCAGCCAACAUUACCCCGGUCGCUGGGUGCCCGUCCCCUGGAUUGCCCAGGACCACACGCAUCUCGUCCUGCUUCCUGAGGACCCAUCCCGUGCCAAUGUGGUGGUGGAAGCGGAUGGUCAAUGCUGGUGCGCCUCCAUCACUGCUGUCACAGAUGCGUGGCAACUGUGGACUGAACUGCCGACUGUCUCCGGUCAACCUCGGGUCCUCGGCGUUUCUCAUCGCGAGCUUAGGCAGGGAACUACCCUACGUAGCGGCGAUGUGGUGUCCGAGGCCUCCGGACGCUUUACACCUUGGGCCGUUUUCAGUUUGAUCGGGGUGUCUGGGUGGCGUACUGCCGGGCCUAGCGUGGUUCUCCUCGCUAUUGGACUUGCCUGGGGGCAUUCUGUCGGGGCUACUCGCUACACUGGCGCUGCCCCGAGCUCCUCUCUGGACCGGCACGCAGAGGGCCCUCUCUUGCCAGACUGUUUCCCUACUUGCCAUCGGCUGUGGGAUCCUGCUUGUGGGGUCCUUGGACCCUUCCGUGGUACCUCUUUUGAGCCUCCUGUCGCUCUUCGAGAUGCUGCUCCUGCAUGGUCAUCCUUUACCCGGGUUCACCCUCCACAGGACCCUCGCCUUGUUGACUGGGUUCCGGUGCCCUCUGACCCGAUGUUUGCCACCGUUCUUCUCCAGUGCCCCCCGGCCACCCGGGCUGCCUUCCUUCCAGCUACCCUACAAUCGAAUUGUCCGGGACCUGUCUCUCAUCUUGGCACCCCCCGAAAUUUGGUGUGGGACGGCUAUACCUCACCGAACCCAACUCUUUUCCUCCGGUCCGGCGACGUUCUCACGCUCGGCUCCUCGCCUUCGCUCGCCGGCCGGGAAGCCCUUUCAGCAUACGCCAACCUGGGCUCCUGUUUGCCUGGUCACCUGGUGACCCGGUCCCACUCACUGUACCCACGGUUCGCGACGAACAAUGGGACCCCGUGCACUGCACAUUUCGGCCCUCCCUUGCCUGCUUCAGUGUCACUCGAUGGAUUCCUGCACAGCGAUGACCUUGGUCUUCACCUUGUCCCUGAGAGCCCGAACCUGCACCGUGCGCAUGUUCUUCCCGCACAGCCUCCCCUGCACGUCCAGGUCGUUUCGCGACAAGGGUCGAGUGGCCUGCUGCGUGACGGAGACAGCCUCUCUGGCUGUCGACCAACCCCGUCCCUUCUCCUUCCCCACCUUUUAGUUGGGGGUCUGCUCCCGAGUACUCUCCGGCGGCUUUGGCUUGCGGCCCUUGGUCUCGGGCUCCUGGCAAGCUACGGCCCGCCAGCCUUCCCAGCUCAUCUGCUCUUUCCCCGUGCAGGGGCCCUCUCAGGGAACUGCCUAGCUCCCGCGUUUGAUUUUGGCCUCCUGUUCCGUACCAGCUGCUAUCUCCGCGCUCGGGGCGCGCCUGUUUGGAGCAGCACUGAUGGAAUCUCGUGGUCGGCCGAUGUUCAUGAGGAAUGCGUCGCCCAGGCUUCCAUACACCAACUCUGGUGGUCUCAUGAGCUUUACCCGUUUCUUCCCGCAUCCGCCCCUCCAUCAUACCGUCAGGCUUUCUGCAACUUCCCGCUCUGGCACGGGGGAGUGCCUGACCAGGUCUUCAUUGCCACUGACGGCAGCGGCGAGCAUGGAGGAGCUUGGGCCUUCUGUGUGUGGGCUUGGUGGCGCCAUCGAUGGUACCGCGUCGGUUGGUUUGGGGCCUCUGGCUAUCAGCUCCCCUGGACCCCUGACCUGCCGCCCUCGGCAGGCGGCCUCUCCUUCCACACUGAACUCGCGGCCUUACAGGCUGCUGGACUCUGGCUUAUUGCCUGGGUUGACCGCCUGUCCCUUCUCACAGCCUCUGCCCCUACCAAGGUUACUGUUGCGGUUGAUAACGCUGCGGCACUUCAAAUCGCAGCAGGGCAGGCCCAAGCCGCAGCACCUGCCACCACCACCACUCGGUAUGUUUGGCAGGCCGUUCAAGCUCGGCUCUCCACACGGUUCCAGCAUGUCCAUAGCCACGUCGGAGUGCUCCCAAACACCUUCGCGGACUUCCUUGCCGGCUGGUCGGGUCGAGUCUCCUGGCAACCGUGGAAGCAGCUCGACCCUUUGCUACCCUCCCUCAUGCAAAACGCGGCUCCGUGGCUCUGGGUCAUCCCACAUGCUCGUGUCGUAAAGGGUCGGCCGUGCAUUUGUUUGGUCUCGCAGACCAUCUCAUGUGCCCCUGCUACUGAGGCUGGUGAUGUGCUCCCUCCUGCCGAGGAUACCUUGACAUCCACUGAGGCCGCUGCUCCACCGGGUCGUCCACUUGCCGAUUCUCCCAUCCCUUUGCGCUUGGUCACAGCCAAUGUUCAAACGAUGCGUGACUCCAACGUUUCAUUCUUCAAUCCCUCAGGGCACGGUCAGCGGCGCCAGUACCUUUAUUCUCAGGUUGCUACCUUAGGCCUCGACGUUGUCUGCCUGCAAGAAGCCCGCAGCAAGGGUGGCCGUUGGGACACAGCCGGCCUCCUCACCUGGCGCUCCGGCGAGCAGAAAGGGAGUUACGGUUGUGAAAUCUGGAUAAGGCCUGGCAUUACCAAUCCGCCCUUGCGGCUUGAUGACUGGCGCAUCGCUAGCGCCGACCCUCGUCUUCUCGUUAUUGUCAGCAAGCGUGCUGACUUACCCAUUGCUGUCAUCGCCGCCCAUGCCCCCCACGCUGAGCGGCCCGCUUCUGAGAUUCACCACUUUUGGUCUUCGUUGCACUCGUCCCUGUGCCAGUUGCCCCGGGCUCUGUCUCUUGUUCUCGGCCUGGAUGCUAACGCUGACCUACUUUGGGCGGACGAAGACCACGCCUACAUCGGCGACUGUCUGGGCAACAGUGAGGAGGGUGCUGGCGAGCAAGGUCUUUUUGACACUAUCCAGCGUUUCGGCCUUCUUGCUCCGGCUUCCUUCUCCGCCAUCCAACAGGGCCCGGGCUGGUCCUGGGAGCAUACGGGCGGUACCAGGAAGCGGCUUGACCAUCUCCUGCUUCAGGCGGGUCCAUGGCAGUGCACCCGCGCCCGUCAGCUUCCCGAGUUGGACAUUCUCAACGGCCGCCGAGAUCAUAUGCCUCUCCUUGUUGAAUGCUGUCUUAAACGACAGGCGACACUGGCACGACCCCCCGGGGCAUCCAACCGAGCUACCGCUAAGCAAGCACAGCUUAUUGCUGCCAGCCUUUGGCGUGAGCUCCCAUCUCCCGUGCGCAGCAUCGUUGAGGUUGGGCAGGAGAUCAGGGAUCUCAAAGCUAGGCACCUCCGCCUCUUGGAGGCCCUUCCGAGAGCUCCUCGGCGGCCUGCCCGCCAGCCCUAUAUCACUGCUGAGUCUGUUGCCGCCCUGGAUGUUGUGCGGCAGGCUCGCGAGCAACUCCCGCGCCUCCGCAGUAAUGUCGAAUGGCAGAAACGGCGCUUUCUUCUCCUUGUGUGGCGAUGGAGUUGCGUCAGGGGUAGAUCCGACACUGCUGUCCCCCGCCCAGACCCCACCGGGCUUCAACAUGCCAGGUUGUUGUUACAGGCCUGUAAUCUGCACAUCCGGGGUCUGCAGCAGAAGGCACACUAUCUUGCCCGUUCUGACAAGCUUGCCCAUUUCCGCACUCUUACCCUUGCUGCCACCCAGCACUGGGAAUCCACAGGCAUUCCUUUGGAAUCUAUCCGGCAUCUUCGAUGGGCCUCUCGCAAGGCCCAUGACCGUCGGGCUGUGCACGCCGCUGGCGGUUUCGACAUCGACCGUGAGCUUGAAGCACAAUUUCGUGAGCAGGAAGGCGCCCGCCUCGUCUCCCCUGCACUGCUCUCACAAACAGCCGAGCAGUGGCUCUCUGUCGAUGCCACUCGCUCCCCGUGCCUUGAGGCAGUUCCUUCACUGCUCCAAAUGGAGCAAAUGUGCAUCCGACAGGCACCAGCUAAGGCACCAGGACCUGACGGCCUGCGGAACGAGCUCUGGCGGGAACAUGGAGCUCUUGCCGGACAAUGGCUUUGGCCACUCUGCACCCGCAUUGCGCUUCAAGGCCGAGAGCCCUUCGAUUUCAAGAAAGCCAUCGUCUGCGCCCUCUACAAAAAGGGCCCGGCAUCAGUACCUGCCAACUACCGUUCCAUUGCCCUCCUUAACGGCAUCGCUAAGCUGUGGCAUUCGCACCUCCGCACCACGGUCGGUGGACAUGUGCUGUCUCGUUAUGAGCCCAUGCAGCUAGGAGGGCGCCGAGGUGUCCACACUGGGUUUGCACUGGCGGCUUUCCGAUGCGCCUGGGACCUUUCCGUCGCAGCGGGGCGGUGCGUUGCUGUUGUCUUUGUCGACAUCCAAGCCGCUUACUAUGAGGCUAGCCGAGAUCUUCUUUUCGAUGGCUUCCCUGACGAUGUUGAUGUCCCGGAGCACCAUCACCUUGCUGGACUUGUCCUCCAGCUUCACGGCCAGGGGGCUCUCUCCGCUCUUGGCGUUGCUGAGGAUGUCAGCGCGCUCCUUCGGGAUUGUGUUGCUCUGUCCCACUGGUCGCUCUCCGGGUCGGACAACAUUUUCUUGGCCUCCCGAGGCUCCCGUCCCGGCGACGGCCUAGCGGACGUUUUGUUCGGCGCCCUAUUUGCCAUUGGGCUGCAACACAUACAGCGCACUGCUUGUUCCAUGGGCAUCUCGCACACCAGUGCCGGGGUCGAGAUCGGCCUCGAGCCAGGCGUCAAGCCGAUUGGCUGGGCUGACGACCUUGCAGUCCUUGCGGACUUUGAUAGUCCUGCCGAGCUCCAAACACAGCUCCCCCAACUCACUGGUGUCAUUCUUGAUACCCUCCGGUGCUUGCGGUUCCGGGUCAAUCUUGGAGCAGGCAAAACUGAGGCCCUUGUCGAUAUUAGGGGAGACGGUGCACGCGCUGCACGAGGCGCCUUGCUCAGCGGCGACGCCCUUUUGGAAGUCUCCAAAGGUGACAGCAUUCGACUUUGCCCUGAGUACAAAUACUUGGGUGUAGCCCAACUGCCUCGAGACACCGGCAGGCGCGACUGCGAGCUGUCGGCACAGCGGGGGUCAGCGGCGGCGUCGCUUGCCCGAACCCUGCUGUGCAGCAAUUGUCUGCCCUGGGAACUGAAACGAGCCUGGAUUACCGGCCGAGUUCUCCCCUCAGCUUACUCCUCCUUGGCCUUCUCGCGCGCUGACUCCGCCCGGGCUGCUGCGCCAUUGGCUGGACUCUUUGAACGCACAGCUAGGAUCCUGUUGUCUUCCUGGCAAGUCGGUCACAAACUUACCACCCCCUUGCUUCGGCUUCUCGCUGAUAUCACCCCUCCUGACCUUGCUACCACUGUUAGCCAGUGCCGCCUCUGUGUGCAACUUUUCUGCAAGGCUCCAGCGGCUGUCAGGGAAAUUGUCGAUGCUGCGUGGAACCGGGCAAUCCCUUGGUGUCAGGCCCUCGUCCUUGCUUGUUUGCGAGUGGGAGUCGCCCUAGACUCCUGGGACCCCGCCGCUCCUCCCGCCAUCACUGUCCUGUUCGUCCAGCAGAACGGACGCGCUCUCCUUCGAGCGUGCAAGGCUCUGAGCAAAUUUGGGCACAGGUAUGCUGCCUGCGCCCAGCUUUGGGCGGACCUGGCCACCCGUCGCACCACCAAGAUCCUAGGUGCGCCACAAUCCCACAGUUGUCCGGUCUGUCGAGGUGUUUUCCCGAGCCUUCAUGCAGUACGCGCUCACAUGCAUCGGAAACACGGCGUCCUGUCUGAUGUGACUGCCUAUAUGGCGGGCUCGGUUUGUCUCUGGUGUAUGCGAGACUUCCAAUCCUCGGAUCGACUGAAGCACCACCUUCAAACGCAGCGCUCCUGCCUGCACGGCCUGCGUGUUACAGUCGGCCCUGUCUAUCAGUACGGCUCGGGCACAAAACGUUCGGGUCGCGCCAGCCACCGGGGAGUCCCUCCGCAACGCAUCUGCGGGCUUUGCAAUGCCACCCCAGCGCAGAGACGGGCGGCCGACCUCGGGGUGCCGGCCGAUGACGCGGCCCUGCAGGCUGAGUGGGAAGCUGUUCAACGCUCCCCUGCGCUCUCGGACCUUGUCCCCGGCAACCUGCGUCGACCAUCUUCCUUGUCGCCUUCCGACGAUGCCCCCGGCGCACAGCAGGCCUGCCUGAUCUCCGCUGCUCGUGGUUCCUCCCCCAAGUCCCUUGCCUCCCAGCAUUCCCGCUCGGCCACUGUUGAGGCGGCCUCUCCUGCGCAACACCCUUUGCAAUGGUUCUCCGUUGUGGAAGGGGCUGCUGGCUGUGACGACUGGGCUCUUCCCUCGCCCUGGUGGCCUGGGCUUCUCGGCCUUGGAGGUGUCUUUCAGCUUCCCUCCUCCUGGCACAGACUUUGGCCUAUGUGGUCCGCGCUCGAGUUCUUUGAACCUUGGGAGCAUCGGGCCAUCCGCCGCUUUGGUGCGCUGCGCUCCGCCUCUUCGUGCGGGUUGGGUGCAGCAGCCACCCUUGCUGAUGCCACUACUGGCAAGUGGUCCCUGUUGGAGUUGGCCGCUGCCACGGUCUCCUUCCGUAUGAUCUGCAAGGCUGUCCUCCGCGGUGGUGCCCUCUGGCUUUGGGGGCGCCCCAGCAAUUCGGGUCUUGCCCUGCUGCGCCGCCUGCUUCCGGCGGCCUUCUUCUUGGACUUCCUUUCGCCGUGGGGACGGGUCUUCCUUGUCGCUUGCUCUGCUUCCUUGGCCUCCCUUGUGCGUGCUGUCUUUGCUCGCCCUGCCUGCUCGGCCCCGGCCUCGCUUCCUUUGCGAGCUUUUUGGGCCUAUCCGGCAGCCUGA